AUGGAAACACUCGAGGUUCACUCCAAGGACUUCUUGAUAAAAUGGGUCAAUGUGCCUGAAAACUCUCUUGUCGACUGGCAAAUUAAACCUUUGAAACGGUCAAUUAACUUUUCAAUCUACAGAAAGAGAGACGUUAACGAAUCAGAAACCUCGUUCCUAGGAGAUGAGAAGUACAGGGAACUCAACAACUCGUCUUCUACCUCAAGAAGCUCCACCUUGUCCUCCAAUAUCAGCAAUGGCGAUUUGGUGUUAGUGAAAAACUACAACAAACUCAUCUCUGAUGAAUUGGUGAGAGGAAAGUUGAACGUAUCGAGGCCGGGAAUUUAUGCUUUUAUUUUUGACAACACCUUCUCAAAGUCCACGGGUAAGAAAAUAUUUCAUGUUAGUGAUGAAGAAUUGAGUAGUGAAAUGAUUGAUACUUCAAAAAGUAGUAUCUUGAGACCUAAAAAUGGCGAAUUAUUACAAGGUGUAUUAUUGAAGAAAAGAAGAAAGAAGUUGCAAGGGUUUGUCAAGCGGUACUUUAUUUUAAACAUUAAGUAUAGUACUUUGUCGUACUUUAGAGUUAAUGAUAAUAAGUUAAGGGGCCAGAUGCCUAUUAACCAAAGCAUCAUCAGUGCUAAUAGCAAAAAGUUGGAAAUCAUCAUUGACUCGGGUAUGGAAGUGUGGGACUUGAAAGCUACAAAUAAGCGUGAUUUCGACUCUUGGGUAAAUGCUUUCAACAAGUUGAAAAAGCACUAUUAUAAGGAAGGCGAAAAAAACGGUGCCACGUACCACCAGGAAAUAAUAUAUGAAGGUGAUCCUAAACAAAAUGCUAACUAUGGUUCGGUGCUUCCUACCUUCUUAUUUGAAGACUUGACUUCCAUCAACUCCAAGUUGUUAAAUGUCAUCAACUCCAAUACUCAAAAUACUACCUUAAACACCAAUUUAAACUCUAUUUCUGAUGAAAUCACAUCGUUGAUUCAGAAAUUGGGUACCAACAGAGGGUCUAUGAACUUUGAUUCGAUGUCACUCUUCUCUUCCAAUGAGUUUUAUGAUGCUAAAGAGUAUAUUGAUGCUCUGAAUGAAGGAGUGGUUCAGUUUGACGAUGACGACUACUAUGAUGAUUUGGAUGAUGACUACUUUAUGGAGGCUGAUGAAACAGACUCUACGAACAACGUGGUUGAAGCCAACGAUAAUGACAAAGACAACAAUUUGUAUCCUCUUCCACUCGAAAGUGUGAAGCGUUCCCUAGUUAUACCUGAGUGGAACCAUCCUCCUUCCAGUUUGUUGUCGUUCCUCCGGAAAAAUGUUGGUAAAGACUUAUCUUCUAUUGCAAUGCCUGUUGACAUGAACGAACCCGUAACAAUGUUACAGAAGUACGCAGAAUUGAUCGAAUACUGUGACUUGAUCAAUAAUGCUUUGCAGGUCGUUGAUAAUCAGGAUACGGGAGAGAAAAUCUUAAGAAUAGCAGCGUUUGCCGUGAGUUCUAUAUCGUCGGUCAGAGAUAAGGAAAGAAAUGUAAGAAAACCGUUCAAUCCAUUAUUAGGUGAAACUUUUGAAUUGGUUAGAGAAGAUAAGGGAAUACGGUUGGUGAGUGAAAAAGUCUGUCAUAGACCUCCAGUCUUCGCUGCAUUUGUUGAAUCCAAGGACUGGACAUUGAGCUGGAGUUUAUCACCAUCACAAAAGUUUUGGGGUAAGACCGCUGAAAUCAUCAAUAAGGGUAUAAUAAAGUUAACCAUUAGGUCAACUGGUGAAGUAUUCCAAUGGAGUCAGCCUAAUUCUAUGUUGAAAAACAUUAUAGCUGGUGAGAAGUACUCAGAACCAAGCAGCACGAUUACGAUUAAGUCAUCCACAGGAACCAAAGCAGUGGUGGAGUUUACUAAAGGGGGGAUGUUUAGUGGAAGGUCAGAAGAUUUGAGUAUUGAAGCCUUCGGUGCAAACAAGAAGAAGAUGCCCUAUUCAGUAUUUGGUAAAUGGACUGAGUCUCUUACGUUAAAGACGAACACCACUGAGAAGCUUAUAUGGACAUCUGGAAAAUUGGUUCCAAACCCCAAGAAAAGGUUCGGUUUCACCGAAUUUGCAAAUGACUUGGUGCAAAUAACAGAUAUUGAAAGGGAUAAGAUGGCUCCUACUGACUCAAGGCUAAGACCUGAUGUCGCUGCAUACUUGAAUGUCGAUAUUGAUGAAGCUGAAAAACUUAAAUGUGAGUUGGAAGAAAACCAGAGAACAAGGAGAAAAGAAAUGGAACAGUCCGGUAAAACAUACAGACCGGUGUUUUUCCAUCAUAUAGGUGAUACCAAAGCUGCUGAUUCUGGAGAAUGGGUUUACAACAGAGGUGAGAAUUCCUACUGGAAUAGAAGGAGUAGACAAGAAUGGGAUGGCUUACUUAAUUUAUGGUAGAGUCAUUUAUUCAUUAGUUAAUGUAGUUUAGAUAUGUGAUAGCUACAACUUCAAAUUGAGCCUUUCGUCUGAAUCUGACAAGUCAUCAUCAAAAAUUGGAUUGCUGUUCAAGCCAUUAAAUGAAGGUCUAUGGUUCUUGAAUAGAAUGAACUGAAUUUGCUUUCUCAAGCUGUUAAUGAGCAUCCUUUGUAGGUUUAGGUCGUCUUUCAUUAUAAAACUGUCAUUGACUAAGUUGUUUAUAACUGGUUCCCUUUCAUUUGUUUGUUUGCUAACGAAGGGCAAUAGCUUUUCAUCCAUCUGGUACUUCAAUCGUUCGAUUUCGUAGCUCAAGUAUACCAAUUUAUCUUGGUCUCCGCUGUCGAGGUUCUUGAACCUGUUUAUUUCUUCUAGUGGUUCGUUAUAUCCCAAGUUGGUAAUCUUUCCUUGAAUCACCAGAUUUAAAAUUUGAUUAAUUUGCCUUUGGAGGUGGGCAUUUUCUGUUGUAAGACUACCAAUCUUUUCAUCCAUUGUCUUAUAGAAUGGAAGAAACUGAUUAAGAGUACAAUUAUUCUCCAUAUGGUUCUCCAAAGACGGUAGGCUAUUUCCAAUGAACUGACAUCCUAUCUCUUUUGCCGGACAUAUGAAUUUGGAGGCUUUCGUACAACUGUCUUGAUGUUUGGCCAAACUCUUCAUUGGGAUCAUAUCAUUGGCACAAAUACCACAUGUUUGGUAGUUGAAGAGACAAUCAUUCUGGAGGUGCUCUUCUUCUGUGACCUUCGUGAUUUCAUCUUUACACAAGGAACAUUUGUAGAUUUUGUGCACGCAUUCAGGCUCGUGGG